AUGGCCUCCUUGCAGGUUAUCAACGCUUCGCUUGGUUUGAUCAACAACGAGAUUGAGUCUAUCUCCUUCCCAGACUUGACUAAGGUCGGUGGAACUCUCAGUAUUGUCGGUAACGAUGACUUGAAGUCUGCCAACUUCUCGGAAUUGACCACUGUUGGUGGUGGAUUUGUCAUUGCCAACAACACAAAGUUGGAUGAGAUUGAUGGAUUUGACUCCUUGAAGAGCAUUGGUGGUGCCGUUGUCCUCACCGGUGACUUCGACAAGGCCAAGCUCCCAGCUUUGACCUCUGUUAAGGGUGGAUUCGACGUUGAGUCCACUGGUGAGUUGGACUGUUCCGACUUUGACGAGUUGGAGAAGAAGGGAAGAAUCCAAGGUGACAAGUUCGUCUGCAAGGCUGCUUCUUCCUCCACCUCCAUCUCCCAGUCCGUUUCUGAGACCGACUCUGACUCUUCCACCGAAUCCGGAAGUGCCUCCGAGACUGCCUCCUCUUCCUCCUCUUCGUCCUCUUCCAAGGGUGCUGCUGCUCCAGCUGUUGGAACCAUGAAGGCCACUUCUGUCUUUGGUUCUUUGGCUGCCAUUGCCUUGGCCUUCUUGUAA